AAAUUUGAAAAGAAGGCAAGUGCUACAAUAAAAACAAUAACAACAAUUAUACAAUCCGAAAUGUACAUAUACAUAUUUAUUUGUUGACAAUACGUGUAAUCACAAUCGCAUCUAGAAGGCGUGGCGUAAACAAGUAAGAAGCGGAUAAGCUAAACGUAUAUACUGAUAUAUAUGCGUUCAAAGUCAGCGAUAAGUUCGUGAUAAAUUGUUAACCCUAGAACAAAGCAACAAAGAGACUGAAAGAGGCACAAACAACACAGACACAGAGUACAGACUGAAAACAACACAGUAAUCAUCAAGACGAGUCAAAUUUGGAGUGCGCAUCGACAAGCAUGUGUGUGAUAUUCUUCUAUGCUAAUUCACAGCCCGAUAGCGUUGAUGGCUACAAACUGAUCUUGGCCUCGAAUCGCGACGAAUUCUUUGCUCGCGACACACAACAGGUGGCUAAAUGGACUGACUCCCAGCAGGUCUAUGGUGGCAUCGAUCUGGAGCCGGGUCGCGAGGGUGGCACCUGGUUGGCCAUUGGCAGCGACAAAGGCGUCUUUAAGGUGGGCGCCCUGCUCAAUUUGACCGGCGAACCAAAGCCACGCAAUGCAGUUGCGCACAAAAACAUUUUGCAACCGCAUAACAACAACAGCAACAACAGCCAGCACAAGCAACGGCAUGAUCAACAACAACAACAAACAAAUAACGAACAUUUCUUACUAGGACGCGGAAUGAUCGUCGCUGACUUUGUGCGUCAAUCGGAUGAACAACACAACAUUGCCAACUACAAUCAACAACUGCUCGCCGACUGCACCAAAUACAGUGCCUUCAAUUUCGUAUCCAUUGAAAUUGGUGAUUCCUCGAAACCGGCGGAGAUCAAUCUGCUUAGCAAUGUGCCGCCAACGCUGGCGCCCUUUAAGCAAGGCCAAUGCUAUGGCUUUGGCAACAGUCUGCCCGAUGCUCCCUUCGAGAAAGUCCAAUACGGUCAGCAGCAUUUCGAUCAGAUCGUCCAACAGCAUGGCCACUCGAGUGUGGAAACCUUGAGUGCCGAGUUGCUGCAGUUGCUGAAGAACAAGCAUAAAUUCUGGCCCGAUGUCGAGCUGAAGCGACGUGCGCCCAGCUGGGGCGAAGGACUAAGUGCCCUGAAUGUCCACAUCCCGGAGCAUGGCUAUGGCAGUCGGACACAUUCGCUCAUUCUGGUGGAUGCGAACAAUAAGCUGCAUUUCAUUGAGGAGACCAUGGCGGGCUUGGAGCCCGAUGGCGAGUGGCGUCGCACGCAUAUUGAAAAGCAAUUCUAAAGCAUUUAAAUUCGCUUGACGCGGCCUCACACAAAUGUGCGGUGCUUAAAAGCAAAAAUAAAAAAAAAAAUUGAUACUGUUAA